AUGGUCAAGCUAAAGAAGAGUGGAAAGCAUAAACCACUCGCCGCACCACGGUUCCCAUGGCUCAGGGCUCACACACGGCAUUUACCAGUUAUUAUUCGGCUAACGCUCCAUCUUUGGUAUUGUAGAGUACCUACACCCGCAUACGCCAAGGUGCAUGUGCAUAUAUCUAUAAUAGGUGAUACGGCGUUCAGGUCUCCGGAUUUCAUAACAGCCCAGACGAAUAUCGCCAUACGAGCUGCGCCUGCGCUUGACUACUCGAAUAGGCUUCUCCAGACGAGUUGA